AUGACAAGCAACUUGGGUAAUAACAUUAACAGUAUUAAUAGUUCUGAAAGUCCUUUAUUUGCGUUAGACGAUCUUGCUUCACCCAAUUUCAGAGCACAUGUUUCAUAUAAUAAAGGAAAAGAUUCCACCGCAGAUGAACUUCCUAGUUUCAAACAACAAGACAAUGAAAGGCAUACCGACGAUGAAUUAGAUAAAAUCAACGCAAAUUAUCUCGAGGAAAAUAUAGACCAUGAGGAGUACUGCUUUCAGGAUUAUGAUGAAGAAAUGGCUCCUGAAAGUGGGGAUUUUGUUUGUAAUGCAAUAGAAUCCCAUCCUUAUGUUGUAGCUAUUCUUAAAGAACUAAAAUCUGCUGGGAAUGAGUUGGAUUGUUGCAAAAAAUCAAAUCAUCAAUUAAAAAUAUCUAACGAAGAUCUUCAAGAAAAGUUAGAAAUCCUGGAAACGGAAAAGGAGCUGCUCCGAGAGGAGAUGCUCGCAAAUAAUGAAGAGAAUCAAGCGACGCCUUUAGAUUCAUUUCCUACUUCUGAGACUGUUGAAAAAUUAGAAAAACAACUUCAAGAAAUACGCCGUGACGGAGAAGAACUAGUUAAUUCUUACAAGACACGUCUUCAUAAAAUGGCAGUUGAUUGUUCUUCCGCAAUAAAGGAUCGGGAAGUAUCUGAAGAAGAAAAUCAAGAAUUAAAAAAUAAAGUCGCAAAGUUCAAUUUAGAACGAGAAAAACUGAUUGAAACUACUACGAAACUUACGAGCGAAGUCAGCCGUUUAACGGUCGACUACAAGCAAUUAGAAACCGAAUAUGUUUCUCAUAAAGAGGUUACUAAUAAUAAAAUAAAUGAGCUUGAUGAGGAAGUAGGUCAGCUCACCGAACAAUUAGCUUCCGCUCGCGGCCAAAGUGCCGAAUAUAUGAUAGAUUACGAGAGAGAAAAUAAAAAUCUUGAAUCUCGCUUUAAGUCGCUCGGGGAAAUAAAUCGAAACUUGGAAAAACAAAAGAGACAUCUUGAAAAUCAAAGAAGUGAAUUACAAUCCCGAAAGGAUACUUUGACGUUAGAACAAGAUAAAUUGAUGUCUCGGCUGAAUGAUAUCACCGAAAACAUUGAUUUAACAGCAAAAAAAAUCACUUCUGCACAGGAGCGUUUGGAAGAACAGAAAGUCCAACUCUCCGCGGUUCGCUCUAAUUAUUCAGAAGAAAUGUCAAGGUUGCUCGAAGAAAAUGAAAUAUUGAAAGCAGAAAGAGAUGGUUUGGAAUCCCAAGCUAAAGCAAGAGAACAUGAUGUAGAGUCUCUUAUCACACAAAAUGAAGAAUUGGAACAGAAGAUCGCGUAUAUGGGACAAUAUUUACAAGAAUUGAAAGAUGUCUUUGAUGAAGUUAAAGAACUAGAACCGAAAAGUAAUAAUUCUAGUGAUGCUACUAAAGCAAGAGAGAUACUAUUACAUCUUCGAAAAGUAAGCGAGAAUCUUAAGAAAAAGAAUUCUAGCCUUUUCGAUGAACUUCUUGCAGCUAACGAUAAAAUCCAACGACUUGAAAUUCAAUUGAAUGAAAUGGCUGGCUUGGUAAAAAAUUUUGAAGAGUUACAGUCCAAAUCGACUCAAGGUUCACAUAAUCGUAAUGGACCCAUAAAUAUGGGAUCGGAAGACGAAGAAAGACUGGUUUCUUUAGAAAGUGAAGUCUUGGCACUUCGAACUCAAUGUGCAUCUCUCGAAGCUGAACUAAUUUCUCGAAAAGAUCAAGUAUUACAGUUGGAUAAAUUAAGACUGUCUUCCGAUACAACAAAAAAACAGUUGAUGGAACGGGAGGCUGAGAUCGCAGAACUCAAAUCCAAGCUUGAGUUAAAUGAGUUGGAGAUGAAAUCAAAAAAUCUAAUGAUCGGACAAUUACAAAAUGCUUAUCAGGAAGUUCGCAAUCAUAAGGAUCAAAAUGCUGGUAACGUAUCAUCCAGUACCAUAAGUUCAGGCGGUAAUUCAUUAGUUGUUCAAUAUGAACAAAUGAUUGAAGAUAUGCGAGAUAAACUUGACAAAGCAAAUGUUGAAAAUGGCAAGUUGAGAUAUCAACUUUCUGAGGCAGCACAGAAAGCAUUAGAUAGUGUCAAUACUGCUACAAUCCAGGAACUUAAGCUUCAAAAUGCCGAACUUAAGCGAAUUUUGAUGUCGCGAGAGGAGGAAUUAAUGAAGGAACAGAGCAAAUAUUUUGAUAGGACGAACAAAUCCACUUUAUUAAGUCCCGGUGAAAGAAUUCGAGGUGAGAUCGUUGAAGGCAUUAGUGAAUUGAUGGACUCUUCGGUUUAUACUGAUAAUAAGGUCAUGGAUGUAACUUUAUCACAAGACCUUUCCUUCUUUUGUAAUAGUGAACUUGCAGCAAAUCGACGUUCAACUUUUACUCCUCGUCGAACUAGUUUUAGGUCAAUCCAGCCUGAUAUGAAAGCACUAAAAGUUCAAGUAGACAAUUUACAUAAACAGCUGGAAUCUAAGAAUUUCGACCUCGAGAAAGCAAUGUUUACGGCUCAAAAUCUUUCUCAAAAACUUGAGGAUGCCCGAGGAAAAAUACAUUUCAUGGAAGAAUGUAUACAAAGCAUAGAUAAAACAAUUGUCAUGUUGAGAGAUGAGUUGAUACGUAAACAACAACAUGUCAUUGACCUUGAGUCUCAAUUACAAAAUGGAAUAUGUUUCCGAUGUGGUCUUAACUCUGAUGAUAGUACGUCAGAUCUUAAUAACGGAGCAUCUAAUCGUAGUAUUAUGUUGGAAGGAGAUAUUGAUGCUACUCUUAAAAAGAAUCUCCAGACUAUUCAAUAUAUGGAUGAACUUAUACGAGUUUUCGCACAACAAAAUAAUCUAUCUCAAAAUAGUCUUAACCAAAAAGACACUACAUUUUCGGGUCAGAACGUUCAAUCCUUGUUAGAAGGAUUAUAUCAGCAAACUGCAAAUAUGCAUCAAGUUAUUGAAGACAAUGCUGGUCUUUUGAAACGUCUAGUAGAAGCUUCUCUUUCUGAUACACCCUCAAAGAGACAAAGUCGAUUUAAUUCACGAAUUAGCAAAUAUUCUAAUACUACAAACAAUAAUUUGGCUGAUACGGUUGAGAUUAAACGUCAAGAUUUACAUGCGAUAAUUAGAGCUGGAAAUGAUAUGCUUAAGUCACCAGCGCAAUUUGUGUCUCAGAUCGACAACUUUGCAUCCGUAAUAUUAGAUCAAGAUCGGGAUAAAUCAGAAAUAGUAGAUGGUAUUCAUAUAUUUAAGGAAUUGGCCCCUACAUUAGAAAAAUAUGUAAAGAAGUUUGAAGCAUGUUCUAAAUCACAUCAAGAACUGCUAAAAGAUUUUACGGCAAGUCGUAAACUCUUGGAUGGUAAUUCAGAGACAAAGAACCAAAUCAACGUAUUGAUUACAAAUGGCCAUGAAUUGGCAACGGAUAGUUUACAAUUAUCAAUACAAAUUAAAGAAGUAAUUUCGUUAUUAACAACUUUAACAUCUGAAGAUCAUGUAAUUUCAAAUAGCAGUGCCUCUAUUUUAGUUGUUCAAGAAAUUGAUAAUCAUCAAAAAGAAAUCGAAAAAUUACGAAAAUUAGUGGUAACCCAAACUCAAAUAAUUGCAGAAUAUGAAGCCAAUAUUGAAUUGACUAAACAGAAAGAUGAACAGGUAAAGUCAUUAAGGGCUACACUGGCUACUUUGGCUAAAUUAAAGAACGUUGAUCAGGGCAAAACGGAUUCCGACGAUAAAUAUAAGCUGUUAACUAAAUGCGAGGAAUUCUAUAAUCUUUGGCUACAAGAAGUUAAUAUCAAUUCAUCUUUAAGAGAAGUUUUUAAGGAUCUUAAGAUAUCAAGUUCAAGUAAAGAAAAAGAAAUGAAAUUAAGGAUUGAAAGUUUAACAGCGCAGGUAAAUGGUUCCUCACAACAACUUCAGAAUUUUAAAAUUCAAGCAGAAAAAUUUGAGGAAAAAUAUCAAAAGUCUGAAGCAGCCCUUAAGGAACAAGUUCAACAAUAUGAGAAAUUGAAAAGAGACUGGGCAGAUUUAAUCGAAACUCAUAAAGCUGAUUUGGAAGCUUUGAAACAUCGUUGGACUAAGGAGCGUAAAACUCUACAAGAAGCCAAUAAAAAUACAAAAGUACAACAAUUGGCAGAUAUAGAAGCUGGUCAUAAUAAGCUUCAAGAUGCGUGGCGGAAGGAAAAGGAAUCAAUCGCUAAAAAGAAUCGUGUAUUAAAAGAAUCUCAUCAGAAAGAAAUCAAGGGCUUACAGAAGGAAAUCGAAAAAUUAACCUCCAAAAUUCAUGAAUUGGAUAAUGAGAUCUCAUCUGUAAGUGCAGAAAAAAGGGCAUUGUCGCUAGAAAAAACUGCCAUAACCAAAGACAAAACAGAACUGCAACAAAAAGUUGAAAAUUUAGAGAAGGAAUCUGUUAGAUACCAAUCUAAGCAAGCUUCAGCUGUGGAACUAAACAAACAAAUCCGUAAUUUACAAAAAGAGAGAGAUGUUGCGGUUGAGAAAGCAAAUCAGAAAAUCGUUGAUCUUGAGGCAGCUCUUAAACUAGAGCAAGAAUCAAAGGUUCAGUUAAACAGGGUUAAGAAUAACGCUCUUAAGGAAAUAACUUCCUUGAAAAACCAAAACAGACAUAUGAAGGCACUUGAAGUUGAAAUCGAAAACAUCACCGAACAAUUGCAAUCAGAACGUCGCGAUCAUCAAGAAAAGAACACACAGUUAUCUGAUUACGAAGAUCAAUUACAGUCGGAACAGGAACGUUAUCGGGAGCUUUUGGUUAAAGUAACCAAGUUGGAAAAGAAUAAGUCUACAUCAUGUGAUGACGAACAAAUUUUCCAAAUAAUGGAAGAAAAUAAACAAUUAAAAGAUGACUUGCAAGUUCUUGAUGCACAGAUCAAAGCUGUAAGAAAAGAAAUGAUUGAUCAAGAAGUUGACAGUCAACACAAAACUUCGAAAAACGAAGAGGAUGACUAUUUUAAACAAAAAUAUAAAGAUGAAAAAAGGCAGCACGUUGAUGAUUGUAACCUUCUUUUUAAAGAAGUAAAAUUUCUUAAAGCUAAAUGUCAUAGGGAAUCUGGCUUCCGGGCCGAUUUAUGUUAUCAGAAAAAAUUCUUAAUGCUACUUAUUGGUGGUAUUGAGUCAUGUGAACAAGCUACGUUAUUGUUGAUUCAGAAUAUCCAUAAUCCGUCGCGAAUUGCCUGCAUACAAUCUUCUCCUUUACUUGUCAAGUUCCGUGGAGUUGUUAAUGCUGUUAUUGCUAUUCAAAGGAUGAGGAUUCUUAAAAACAAUUGGGGGAAAAACAAGAAUAUGAAGAAAACUAUUCAACAACAAUAUCAAAGACUUCAUAAGAAUAAUCAAUAA